AUGACUCUCUUAGGAGGCGAACGUCGGGCCUCGAAGGCCAGUAUCUUUUCCAGCGACUCUCCUCCCUUUGCACGUCCGAACUUCGAAAAGUCAAACCCGUUUGCUGCAGUGAGAAGAUAUUUUCGACCCAACGACGUUAGGGAUAGCGACAUCAGACUCAAGGAACCUGGCCCAUCACCGUUGCGACCGUCAACCGCGUUUUCAGAAGGUCGGGGAGCCUCAAGCUCGAUAGUGUUACCCCAACAUAAUACUUCUUUGCCAUUUGUUGCUCCACCUGGCGCAUCAACGCCGGCGCCGCACCCAAGCCGCCGCUCGAGUUUACCCGCUACAUCCCCUAUAGCGGAAUCCGGGUUGAAGAGUAGGGUACGGAGGUCGACUUUGACCGGAAAUAAGCAGCCAAAAUUCUCAUAUAAUAUUAAUGCGGCUACUACCAGGAGACCUUCAUUGGAGCCGAAACAUUCCCGUCCUUCCCUAGAGGUGGUCUCCCUGUAUGGACGCUCUGAAGACGCCAGCAAUUCUCCAUAUCAGAAUUCGAAUUAUUCAGCAGAAACCCCACUCACGGACUUGAAUUACCACAUAAACAUGUUGUCAAGCACAGGUCUUGACUCUUCGCGCGACGAACACAGCGCUCCCACCCAAUAUUCAAACCCGCACCCAAUACCCACCGUCACGGGAUCAGCAACCAAUACAGGCCCUACCAACUUAUCAGGCCUCGUAUGCAACGUACAUCGAACGACCGGGAGAGAGCCCCAUGCCUUAGUAGGCGCCACAACCACCAUCCUUGGUGACAAAUUAUAUGUUUUUGGAGGCCGUAUGUUAUCGAGAACUCGACCAGAGUUAACCUCAGAUCUCUACGAACUCGAUUUGAUACGACGCCAUUGGAGUAAGCUGCAACCGAGUGGGGAUAUUCCCUCACCAAGAUAUUUCCAUAGUGUAUGUGCGUUGGGCGAUACAAAACUCGUUUGCUAUGGCGGCAUGUCUCCUAGAACGACACUUUCCAACCAGUCUUUGGCAAACGUGCCACAGCCUGGUAACCAAGAAACCCAGCCGGAAAUUGUGGUAAUGUCUGACGUGCAUAUUUAUGACGUGCCAACUAGGACCUGGACGCGUAUACAGACGAACAACACACCCCAGGGGAGGUACGCUCAUUGUGCCGCCAUCCUCCCGUCAUCCGCCAUUUUUACCUCCGCCCAGGCUCCUUUAUCUGCGAUUCACCAUAACCCAUCCUCUUCCAACCCGCAUCAAGGAACAAUAGGAGUAGAUAUCGAUGGCUUUGGAGGCGCAGAAAUGGUUGUCGUUGGAGGCCAGGACAGCUCAAACCACUACAUCGAGCAAAUCAGCGUUUUCAACUUGCGCAGCCUCAAAUGGACAGUGACUACUCCUUUGGAUCGAAGUUGCGGCGCAUAUCGAAGCGUUGUCACGCCCCUCACCAACACGUCAGUGUCACAGAUUGGAGCAAAUAACCAAGAAACAAACGCGGAUGCGCAAUCUGAAACCCAAGGAACUCCACUCUUGAUCUAUUCUAAUUAUAACUUUUUGGAUGUCAAACUAGAGCUUCAGAUCCGUCUUCCAAACGGCCAUUUAAUAGAGAAAACGAUGGAUAACUCAGUUUCGCCUCCCGGCCUCAGAUUUCCGAACGGCGGCAUUAUCAACGGUCACUUCGUCGUCAGCGGGACGUAUUUAACCUCCUCUAGACAGGAGUAUGCACUUUGGGCGCUGGAUCUAAAAUCUUUAACAUGGGGUCGAAUAGAUGUUGGUGGGACUAUUUUCGGGAGCGGAAGUUGGAAUCGUGGAAUUCUAUGGAAUAGAAGAAGCACUUUUGUGAUUUCUAGGGGCAUAGAAAGAGGAGUCUCGUUGAAGAUUACAAUCAUCGAACGUCUUAAAUUUCACUCCACGUCUGUAUGGUGGGAGUUGGAGGCCUUUGGGCUUUACGAAAACCCUAGAAGCACCGCACCAACUUCGGGAUACCAGUCGAUGAGCGCUCCAGCGAUACCAGCGUCUAUUCAACCGAAAUUCUCCCAACAAGCUGGUGGUGGUCGUCCGUAUUCCUCAGCUGCCCAACAGCUGGGUCUGAUGGCACAAGCUUUCGUCGAGCUCUCUGACAUGGAGUUGCUUACGAUUGGGGGGGAACGAAUACCGGUUAAUUCACAUGUUCUCGCUCGACGAUGGGGACCUUAUUUCGUCCGAUUACUUCGUGAAUCGACUGCCGUUGCAUCUGACCAUGUGUCUGAUGCGGCCACCGUUCGACAACCAGGCUCAUCCUUCAACAACCACAUCCACAAUAAACGCAAUUCUAAUCUUACAAUAACUCCCUCCAUCAGCAAUACUAGUCAAUACUCCACAGCAACCACGUUGGUGAAUCAACCUGGCAUUGCUGCCAAUGUUGGAAAUGCCCAGAAAGAUGCCGCUUUGACAACGCUUCCUAAUCUUGAAAUCCCAUCUGCCCACUCUCUUACGCCCAGUUCACGACCUCGUACCCUUUAUCUCCCACAUACCCAUUUGACUGUUCAACUCCUUGUUCACUUUCUCUACACUUCAUCUCUCCCUCCUAUUGAUUCGCCGUUAUGCACCCCGCAGAUACUCUGCUCCCUCCUACAGCUCGCUCGACCGUACCAAGUUGAUGGAUUGCUUGAAGCCACUGUUGAACGUUUACACCAAGUUCUUGAUGGCAGGAACGCUGCAGCAGUAUUCAAUGCGGCAGCCAUGGCUGCGGGGGGCGGGCGUGGAACCGGCUUCACAAGUGGAACCGGCGGAACGUUGGAAGUAUUAAACGGCGUGAAGUUGCGCUCUGAUCAAACAGGCGCCCUCUCUGCGCCAAAAGGGACCAUGUCGCAAUCCAACGCGUCAGAUAACGACAGAAACCAUAGUGAAAGAAAGCCUGUUACCAGUCGUCGCGAAUCUAACAACUCCGCGUCUCAGCAAAGGCCCUCGAAUCUUCGAAUUAAUACAAAUAUGGCAUUCCGUCAUCGCACUGAAUCGUUUAGCAGUGCAAGCACCGUUACAUCUGCAUCGACAAACACCAGUUUCAGUUACACUGAUUCUGAUCUGGGCCGGCAAUCUAGCAGCGGCGACGGAUCUAGCAGGCACCAUACACAUAGCAGGGCAGAUCGAGAGGUAUGGACUGGUGAAAUCAGUAGCGUGGUCGGAUUGCAGAAGCGCGGGCUAAGAGGCCUGAUGGAAGGGCGACGACUAAGGGAGCGAGGUGCACUUAAUGCCGCUGAUGAUCGAAAUACUCCUACUGCUGGGAUAACGUCGAAUGCAACCGCUGGGACCGGUCCCGGGACUGGAACAUGA